GUGUGUACAGCUGCUGUAAAUCGGGCGUGUGGGAACAGACGUGUGGCGAGGAAGUGUGAAACCUGCAGCAGUCCGGAGCGCACUCAGUGCAGGAGGAGGAAACAUGGAGAGACCUGAAAACCCUCCUCUGUAGGGUCGACCGAGCCUGAGGCCGGGCGGGGAAAACUUUUUACACCGCUGCUAAGCACCGAGACGGCGGAGGGCUUCCCCCGGUCCCUCCCUGCUGCUGGACGAUAUGUGGCUGAACCCGGAGGAAGCUCUGCUGAAAAACGCUCUGAAGCUGUGGGUGACCGAGAGGAGCAACGACUUCUUCCUCCUGCAGAGGAGGAGAGGCCAUGGGGAGCCCACAGGCAGGUUCACAGGUCUCCUGGUGGGGGCGCUGGACACAGUCCUGGACUCCAAUGCCAGGGUCACACCCUUCCGCAUCCUCCUCCAGGUUCCCGGCUCCCAGAUCAGCUGGGUGAUCGCCAGCGGAGCAGCCAUAGAAGAGGUGAACAAGCACUGGGAUUGGCUGGUCCACAACCUGCUUCACUCUCUGUCUGUGUUUGAGAACAAAGAGGAUGUGGCCAGCUUUGUCCGAGGAAAAGUCAAGGGUCUUAUAGCGGAGGAUGUUCGGGGUCGCCAGGCGGCACAAGAGAGGACCCUCAGAAGUUCAGGGAGGCUCUGCUGAAGUUCGAGCUGCACUUUGGCCUCCCUUCAUCAGAGAAGCUGGUGACGUACUACUCUGCUGCUGCUGGAAGGGCCGGGUGCCUCGACAGGGCUUCCUCUACCUCAGCAUCAACCACAUGGCCUUCUACUCCUUCCUGCUGGGGAAGGAAGGUCUGUACCCCAAAUCAAGUUUGUGAUUCCCUGGGCGGAGGUGACACGGUUGGAGCGGGUCUCCACCGGUCUGAUGACAGAGGCGAUCCGGGUCAACACUCGGCAGCGACAGAGGGAGUUCUCCAUGUUCCUGAACCUGGAGGAGACAUUCGGGGUCAUAGGUCAGCUGGCUGACAUUGCUCUCAGGCGGCUGCUGGACAGCGAAGGCCUGGAGCUGGACCGAGUCCUGCAGCAACCUGCACGCAUCACC